UUCGUCAACGUUGGCGGCUGGCCGCUUCCAAGAAAUUUUUAUACAAAAUUAAUCGAAUUUAAGCAAGCACAGGAAGAUAAUGGCGCGGUUGAUAUCGGGAGUCCGUACUUUAUUCCGUCAAUAUCCAUUCGUCACCAAUAGCGCCAUCUAUGGGAGUCUGUAUGUGGGCGCCGAAUACUCGCAGCAAUUCGCAUCGAAACGCUGGCUGGCCCCGGCGGCCGAGCGCGAGGAUAUCGAUUAUGCAACAAUAGGAAGAUAUGCUGUAAUGGGCACCGCAGUCUAUGCCCCAACCCUUUACUUUUGGUAUAAAUGGUUAGAUCGCGUUCUUCCCGGCACUACCAAAAUUGUAAUAGUAAAAAAAUUGGUAUUGGAUCAAUUUGUAUUAACGCCAUAUCUACUGACUGUGUUUUAUGCAGGCAUGUCCAUUAUGGAGGGCUCUGAGGAUACUUUCCUGGAAUUGCGCGAGAAGUUCGUGCCGACCUUCGUGCGUUCUUGUAUUUUCUGGCUACCAGCUCAGGCUUUGAACUUUUCCCUGGUAGCGCCACGAUUCCGAGUUAUUUAUAUGGGUGUUUGCGGUCUGAUCUGGGUAAAUAUUCUGUGCUGGACCAAGAGGCAGAGUCUACCGGUGACAGCCAAAUCAAACGCAACCUAAUCAACAGCAACUGUGGCUUCCAUAAGGAAGUCCGAAAUAUAGAGUUAACAUCAAUGUACAGAUUAAACCCGUGUACAAAUUCUUACUUGGAUUUUGACAAUGCAUUGCCAAAUAAAGACAGACGCGAAAAUUUUUCUA